AUGGGAAUCAGAAAUCCGUUUAGACCACCUAAAGAGGCAUCGCACGAGCAGGCCGAACAGUAUCUAAAACAGAAGGGCGUUGAGGUGUACGAUGAAAAGCCUUCGAAUAGGUUCAACGCGUACAACGUGAAGCCGAUGCAGAGGGUCAGAAGGAAGCCCCAAGAAAGUCAUCUGACCGAAACGGGUGAGGCUUCCGCUCCUGUUAAUUCAGAAAGACCGGGUGGUCGGAUCAACGACCCAUUUUCGGAGUAUGCACUGACCCACCCUGAAAUAGACAGCGACUUGAACUCGUAUGAUCCAGACAAUCUGAACAUGUAUGAACCUGCGGAUUUGCAAGAGGAAGAUGGGAUGACGGAAGCCGAGAGGGAGAUAGCCCGAAUUGAGAAACGCAUACGAGAAGUCCGGCUGGGAACGCUGCAAUCCUCAGAAAAUACCAGGCAGCAUCUGGAGAGUGCUCUGGAAACAGGAAUUAACACCACGGGUUUGCUGGCAUCGCAGGGAGAGAGGUUAUAUACUACGCGCAACAGAGCCGAUGUUCUUCAACAACAACAGAUAGCUGCUGAAGAGUCGAUUGAUGAUCUCAGAUGGAACGACAGGUCAAUCUUCUCAGCUAAAGUAAGGGCUCCAGUCAAAAGCAGGGAGGCCAAGGAUUUUGUGGAUUUGAAGACUCAGGCGUUAUUGAGACGGAAAGGCGACCGUGCUGUGAGAGACGCUAAAUUCCAGAAAGGACAGACAGAAAUGGAGACUUUGAUCAAUCGAGUUAAAGUGGAUACCAAGGAACCAGAACUUGGAUCAGAUGAAGAUGAUCUCAACGAAUCACCGAUGGAUAGAAAACAGCGGUUGGACGCGGUUCAAAACAUGAUGCUGAAGUAUAAGGACGAUAAUGGGUCUGAUGAAGAGAUAGAACUGAAACUAUCUAAGAAUCUUGACAGAACCUAUGUGUUGGCAAAAAACCUCAACGAACUCAGCAAAGGCAUGAACUCGGAGUUACAGAGACAGAACGAAUAUAUUUCAGACCUGGGUAGCAAAAUGGACCAAUCGUCAGUUGCGAUAUUGAAGAACAAUAAGGAUUUGAAUGACGCUUGGUUGCAGAAGAAGAAGAAGAAAAACCAGCUUCCUGCGAAAAGCAGAGGGUUCGAGAAAUUUGACGAUGAUGACGACGAUAUUGAGGAUUACGAGGACAAGUUGGACAGAUUUUUGGGGGAUAACAAUUACGACGAAGACAACGAUUUCAGUGUGAAGAGGGUGAUCAAGAAGAUGCUGUAA